AAUUACCUCAUGUGAAACUGCUCCACCAAGUUUAGCUCUGUGGUAAUCAAGAGAAAAUACCUGGAGAAUCUUGCAGUGUCUCUGAUUAAGAAAAUAAUUGACUCAGUUAGCAUUAUGUUUUAGAACAACUACUGGAAAAAUUAGCAAAAACAUAUUUUAAAAAAUAAACUAAAGAAGUAGUUCAUAUUAAUAGGGAUAUAUUUUAAGAAGAGAAAAAGAAAAACAUAUGUGGGAGAAAUUAUUGCUGUGAACAGAACUGUCACAGACAAUACAGGUUGUGUGCAACAGCUCAACCCAGUGGAAAUGUGUGGUAAUUACCAGAAACUUCCGGAAGCCUCUGGAGCGCCUCCUGCUAGAAUAUAAACCUGGGACAGCCCCACUGACUGACAGAAAGCUGCACAAGAAACACAGGAGUGAAGAGACGCCUGAACAACAAGAAGACUCAAGACUAAACAGAAGAAAGAUGCUGUGCUCUCAUGGAUUCCCAUCUGCCCUCAGUCCAUUCAUGGACUUCUCCUGGCCUGUUCGCAGUCUGUGGCCAGAGGUCAGACCUCUSUUCUACCAGCAGMAYGUCAUGCAGAGAGACCUACAGGAGCUGCGCAGCAGUCUGCAGCUGAUGGACAAACUUCAACGCCAGAUCCUGGAGGACACAGAGCCUUUCAGGAGCAGCGUGGCUCUGCAGCCAGUCUCCUACCAGCUGGACAAAGAGGGAGAGCACUUUGGCCUAACGCUGGACACUCAGGGCUUUUCUCCAGAAGAUCUGUCAGUCCGGCAGGUGGGCAGGAAGCUGAGAGUCAGCGGGAAGACGGAGAAGAAGCAAGAGGACGGGAAAGGCUCCUACUCCUACAGCCUGCAGGAGUUCAGACAGGAGUUUGAUCUGCCUGAAGGGGUGAACCAUGAAGACGUCAGCUGCCACCUUUCUCCAGAUGGAAAGCUCCACAUCCAGGCRGCCAAAGUUCCUUGUAUCGAGGGAACAGAGAGAGAGCUGAMUAUCAAGAGGAGCUCAGAGGAGGAACCACAGCAGAGUGUGYGUUCACAGGAAGAAGACAGCAGAGCAGAAACACAGAAUGGAUCAUAAACAAACCUGAAAACAUGGACUCACAUUCAUGUUGAUGUGCCAGUGAGAUUUUAGAUUUCGGUAAUAAUAGUCUUGUGUAAAUUAAUGUUGUUUUUGUACAUUAUUUGUACACAGAAACUUUUGUAAAAUUAAAGAAUAAUAGACAGCUAGUGGUUCUGUUGGUAUAUUUUGUCUUAGUAUAUUAUAACGGGAAUAACAUUUCAUCACGUAGAAAAUGAAAUGUUUUAUUAGUGUU